CAUCAUCAAUUUUAUGGCGGUAUGUGAGGGUAAGCCAAUGUUCUUGAAUGCCGUGAAUGUCGAGGGAGAAGUCAAGAAUAAGUAUUUUAUCCAAGCACAGCUAGAAAAGUGCAUCACAGAGAUGGGACCGAAAAAUGUCAUCCAAAUCAUAACCGAUAAUGCUUCGGCAUGCAAGGCCGCAGGAGGGCUUGUGGAGGGCACUUGGCCUCACAUAUUUUGGACUCCUUGUGUAGUCCAUACACUUAAUCUUGCUAUCAAGAAUAUUUGUGCAGCUAAGAACACGGAAGCAAAUGUUGUGGCUUAUGCACAAUUACAUUGGAUUACAGAGAUCUCUGAUGAUGCAUUGAUUAUGAAGAAUUUUAUCAUGAACCACUCUAUGCGGCUUUUCAUGUUCAAUAAAUAUUCUAAGAUGAAGCUCCUCUCGAUUGCCGACACACGAUUUGCCUCGUGGAUUAUGAUGUUGAAAAGGUUUAAGGUCGUCAAGAGAGGCCUCCAAGACAUGGUCCUUAGUGAUCGAUGGAGCUUGUAUAGAGAAGAUGAUGUGGGGAAAGCUCAAUUUGUGAAAGAGAAAGUCCUCGAUGAUUUGUGGUGGGACAAGAUAGAUUUUAUUCUUGACUUCACUGGCCCAAUCUAUGAAAUGAUAAGGGUCACCGACACCGAUACACCAUGUCUUUAUUUGGUAUAUGAUAUGUGGGAUACAAUGAUUGAGAAGGUGAAGCAAGCUAUUUAUAGGCAUGAGGGUAAAAGGGAUAACGAGGAAUCUCCUUUUUAUGAGGUGGUUCACAAGAUCUUGGUGGAUCGGUGGAACAAGGGCAACACCCCGCUUCAGUGUUUGGCACACUCUUUAGUUCCAAGGUACUAUCAUUCCACAUGGCUCAAUGAGAACGUCAAUCGGCAAGCUCCCAAUCAAGAUCUUGAGAUCACUAUGGAAAGAGCAAAGUGUUUAAGAAGAUAUCAUCCUAACCCCGAUGAACGACGGCCGGUGAACUUAGAAUAUGCUAAGUUUGUCGGGUCUUUGGAGGCUUUUAGUGAUCCGGAUUCUCUUUCCGAUAGAGGACAUAUGGAACCAAAGUUAUGGUGGCUUCUUUAUGGUGCAAGUACUCCAAAUUUGCAAGCAUUGACCGUAAAGCUUCUAGGCCAACCUUGUUCCUCUUCUUGUUGUGAACGGAAUUGGAGUACGUAUGGUUUCAUUCACUCCUUAAAGAGGAACAAGCUAACACCGGCACGAGCGGAGGACCUUGUUUAUGUUCACACCAACCUUCGUUUACUUUCUCGGAGUUCGGCAGAGUAUAUGGAAGGGGAAUCAAGAAUGUGGGAUAUUGGUGGAGAUGCCUUCGACUCAUUUCAAGGAGCUGGCAUGUUAGAUGUUGCUGCUCUUUCUCUUGACGAGCCCACGAUGGAGGCCGUUAUGUUUGAGGAGGAUGAAGGAGUUGAUGUCAUAGAAUAAUCUUUUUAAUAUUUCAACUUGAAACAUGUAUUUUUAUAUGCUCAAGAUUUUUCUUUCUGGAUUUGAUAGUUCAGCUUGUUUAAUUAUUUGUUUUAGUUGCUUCCAAUUUCCACACAUCCUUAUGUGAACUUCGUUUAGAAAAAAGAUGGUAAAUUGUGGAUAUUGACUGAAUUCAAUAGUUCAUGUUUUAGAAUCUUUUCACAGGUUUGUAGCUGUUAGAUAUUGUCAUUAUUCUCAUGUACUAAGGGUUAAUUCAAUUUUUACAAGUAAAUCAUGAGACCUCUUAAUACUUUCCUGUGACAUUGCCUUAUGUUGCAAAUGCAUUUUAGGUUCCCAGAAAAUUUACA